GGCGGAGAGGAGCGGCCCUUUGUUUGUUUACAUUGGAGAUUUUUUGUUGUGAGAGCUGCCAUGCGAUUAUAUUAGCUGCGGAAAAUUGAUACUGCUAUGCUUCGAAAUUAAAUUAAUUAGGGAAGAUCAAACUUGAACAUUCCGCAAUGGACCCGAUCGUUGUUAAAUUUGAGCAGCUGUGCCGGAUUUGCUGCUUCGCUUCCUCUGAUACGGCCAAGCAGUCCUUCAACAUCUUCCACGGAGCCUCCUCUGCAAGCAUCCGAGAGAAAAUCACAGCUUGUCUGCCCAUUGACUUGAAGGAGGACGACGGCCUGCCCAAGACCGUCUGCGACACUUGCUGUAAAACGCUUGACGUCUUUUUCCAGUUUCGAACCACCAGUCUGGAAAACGAGUUUAUUCUAAAAGAUCUGGCUUCAAAGAUCAAAAGCGAGGAAAACUCCGUUCCGAAAAAUUCAGAAGACGUCCCUUUGGAAAUCGCCGAGGAAGUGGAAUGGGCGGGUGAAGAAGACAGGCCUUCACUCGACAGUGAAAGUGAAGAGCAGGAAGAAGAAGGUAAAGUUGAGGGCGAGCCAAGCGUAGUUCAAGUGCACCAGGAGGUCACUCAACAGAAAAUGAAAGAGCUGGGCCUCGACCUUUGCAAAUUUUGCAAUCUGGUCUUUUUUGAACAUGAACUCAAGGGCCACAUAAAAUCAAAGCACAAAAAAGAGCCUCCAAACAAAAAUAAGGAACUGAUUACGACUGCAGAUUUUAAGAUAAAGUCUGAAACUCUUUCCUGUGAUUUUUGCACCGUAACUUUCCGAUUGAAGGAUCGAAUGUUGGAGCACAUCCUUACACACCUUGGUCAAAAAGCUUAUAGUUGCGAAUUUUGUGACAAACAAUUUUCGAAAAGAGCCUGCUUAAGAAAUCACUCGAAGAGACACACAAAUAUGUGGACUCACAUCUGUAAAUUUUGUGAUAAAGGAUUUGCGGAAAGUACUUCAUUGAAAUAUCACGUUCGGAGUCAACACACCAAGGAAAAGAUUUUUAAAUGCGACAAGUGCAGCAAAUCGUUCUACAAGAAUCAAGACUUGAAGAUCCAUAAAAGACGAAACCACAACGACCAACCAGAAAUAUUUUCACAAGCUUGCCCAACCUGUAAAAAGGUAUUUCAAGAUGAUUACGCCCUCCGACUGCACCUGAAGACGCACAUUCCUGUGGACGAGCGCCGCAAGUACAAGUGCAGUGAAUGUCCGGCUGCAUUUACAGGGACCUCUGGCCUGAAGCGACAUAAACUUGUGCACACUGGAGAAAUGCCAUUUGAGUGUAAAAUAUGUGGUUGGAAAAUGAGGACAAAACGAGGUCAUGAAGUGCACAUGAUCAACCAUUCAGGCGUGAAGAGUUACAUGUGUGAAGUGUGUGGAAAAGCGUUUGCUCUGGACAGCACUCUGAAGGUGCACAAAAGAACUCACACUGGCGAAAAGCCUUACCGCCCCUACCCUUGCAAGGAUUGUGGAAAACGUUUUUCGCAAGUGGGCUCGUACAAAUUUCACUUGCCUCGGUGUGGUCAAGAGAAGAAAAAAGGAGAGACUGUCGACGGAAAUGUUCCAAAUGAAAAAAUGUAAGUUUCUAUAAAAAUUUGUUUCACAAUGUUUCAUUAUAUUUUAAUGCCUCUAUUAAAAUAUUAUAAAUUUAUUAAACUGUUAUUCUGGAUUGUAAAAUAAUCAAAUCUGCUCGAUCGUAAAAUUACCAUAAUGUAAAAAUUCACUUGCAUAAUUAAAAACAAAAACAUUACU